AUGAAAAUACUUGGAAUAAUUUUUGACGGCAAUCUCAAAUGGACACCUAAUUUAAAACAACUUAAAAGCUCUUGCAAAAAUAAAAUGAACGUAAUUAAAACUCUGUCCCACCAUACACGGGGAGCAAAUCAAAAACCACUUCUAAGCAUAUACAAAUCUUUAAUCUUAUCAAAAAUCAAAUAUGGCUCACAAAUAUACAAUACAGCCAAACCCAAUCUCCUUAAGAUACUAGAUCCAAUCCACAACGAAGGAAUUCGCUUGGCAAUAGGAGCCUUUAGGACAAGCUCAACCGACAGUAUCCUCAAUUACGCUGGAGAAUUACCCCUUCAACUUCAAAGAGACCAAGACACACUAGCAUACAUCACCAAAAGGAAAAGCACAACCAAUCGUAUAGGAUACAAGGCCAUCUUUGACAACCAUGCUGCAUCUCCAAUAAACAUGGAACACAAAAAAAAACCCCUCGAUGCAUCUAAAUCCGAACAUGGGGUAGGCUUUGCAGUGGUUAAGGAUGACACAAUCAUCCAACACAAACUCCCGGAAAUAACCAGCAUAUUCUCUGCCGAAAACUAUGCCAUAUUUGAAGGGGUAAAACUCGCAAAUACCCUAGAGACUAACGAUAUACUCCUUAUCAGUGACUCCCUCAGCACCCUACUAGCAUUUAAAAACACAUCACCAAGAAAUGAAAUAACAUCAAACAUCCAAGCAUGCUUGGUCCAAUCAAAAAAAAACAUUGUAUUCAUGUGGGUCCCAUCUCACACCGGAAUUAUAGGCAAUGAAAAAGCAGACAAACAUGCCGAACAGGCGACGCAAACCAUCCUAAACCCUACAAUAAACAACAUAUCCAGCAUCGACAUCAAAAACUCUAUAAACCAGAAAAUACUCUCAUCUUGGCAAAACUACUGGAACUCAAUAACAUUGUCUAACAAACUCAAAAAUAUUAAAAAAACAAUAAAAAAAAUGGAACACUUCCCCAAAUCUCAACCGACGCCAAGACAUUGCAAUCACCCACAACAGAAUCGGACACUCUUUCCUCACUCACUCGUACCUAAUCAAUAA